CUCCUUGCAUCAGAAGUGCUGCACGCGCACUUCUCCUGCAAAAUGGCGUCCACUAUGGCCGCCAUCGCCCCUGUGGCCGUGCGGCCCAUGGCCAGCACCCCCCUGAAGCAGGCCAAGAACACCUUCGCGGCCCGCACCGUGAGCAACGGCUCCAUCAAGAAGGUGUCCGCCAUGCAGGUGUGGACUCCCCUGAACAACAAGAUGUUCGAGACCUUCUCCUUCCUGCCUCCCCUCACCGACGGCGAGAUCUCCCGCCAGGUCGACUACAUCGUGCGCAACGGUUGGACCCCUUGCCUGGAGUUCGCUGACGCCGACCACGCGUACGUGGACGACACCUCCACCAUUCGCCUGCGCGGCAACGCUGUGCCCCUGUACUACGACAACCGUUACUGGUGCAUGUGGAAGCUGCCCAUGUUCGGCUGCACUGACGGCCAGCAGGUGCUGCGUGAGAUCCAGAACUGCCGCCGCGCCUUCCCCGAUGCCUACAUCCGCCUGGUGGGCUUCGACAGUGUCCGCCAGGUGCAGGUGGCCGGCCUGCUGGUGAACCGCCCCGCCUCGGUGCGCGACUACCAGAGCCCCUCCACCCGCUCCGUUUAAGCGGCCCCAACUUUGGCCUGACGCUCCAUAGCUGACGGCCACUGCAGCGGCAGCCGGCGCACCGCUCGGUGCGGUCCCCACUGGGGCAUUCUGGACGCUGGCGCCCGCCCCCGGCAAAGGCGCCACAAUUUUUUUGCAGGACGGUAUGCGUGUGCACUUCUGUGUUUCCGGAGAAGCCAAUUUCUUUAUUCAUGUUCUGUACCAUUCCACCAACUGGGUUCCCCCGCCCGCCCACCUGUAAUGCCCCCCCCCCACCAAAA